UAUAUAUAUUCCACAUCUCUUCAUUUGCAGAGGAAGAUGAAGAUGAUGGGUGAAAUGUUUGCUCAAUUAGGCUCUCUGAUUGCCACUGUAAUGUUUGUUUAUACAAUAUGUAAACAAUACUUGCCCUACAAUCUUCAGGGCCUUGUUGUAAGAUAUAGCCACAAAUUGUUCGGAUUUCUGUACCCUUACAUCCAAAUCACCUUUGAUGAAUAUGCUGAUGAUUUUCGCAAACGCAGCGAGGUCUACUCUGCUAUCCAGAGCUACCUCAGCACCAAGUCAUCAACAACGGCGAAACGACUGAAAGCUCAUGAUGUCAAGGGGAGCAGCACCCUGGUUCUCGGCAUGGCGGAUAAUGAAGAAGUUACUGAGGAGUUUCGAGGGAUCAAGAUCUGGUGGGCUUCUAUGAAAGACUCGUCCAAAAAGAACUCCUUUUCUUUCUAUCCUGAGUACGAUGAGAAGAGACAUUUCAAGCUAACUUUCCACAGACAACAUAGGGAUGUAAUCAUGGGGUGUUAUCUUGAUCAUGUUAGGAAAGAAGGGAAGGAGAUUGCGAUGAGGAAUAGACAAAGAAAGCUUUACAUCAACAACAGCGGCAAAGGGAAGUGGAGUCAUGUGAUGUUUGAGCACCCUGCAACAUUUGAGACUUUAGCAAUGGACCCAAACAAGAAAGAGGAAAUAGUGAAUGAUCUGGUGAAGUUUAGCGCUGGGAAAGAGUACUAUGCUAAAAUCGGGAAGGCUUGGAAGCGAGGCUAUCUUCUAUAUGGGCCACCAGGAACUGGGAAGUCAACCAUGAUUGCUGCAAUGUCUAACCUCAUGAACUAUGAUGUUUAUGAUCUUGAGUUGACGGCUGUCAAGGAUAACACUGAAUUGAGGAAGCUGUUGAUUGACAUAACAGGGAAGUCGAUUAUCGUGAUUGAAGACAUUGAUUGCUCGCUUGAUCUUACUGGUCAAAGAAAGAAGAAAAAAGAGGAGGAAGAUAAGGAAGUAAAGGACCCGAUUCAGAAAAUGAGUGGGGAAGAAGAAACCACAACCAGCAAGGUUACUUUGUCAGGGCUGUUGAACUUUAUUGAUGGGAUAUGGUCAGCUUGUGGAGGUGAAAGAUUGAUCGUGUUUACUACUAACUAUGUGGACAAGCUUGAUCCUGCUCUUAUAAGAAGAGGAAGGAUGGACAAGCAUGUUGAGUUGUCUUACUGUUGCUAUGAAUCAUUCAAAGUGCUUGUUAGGAACUAUUUGGAUUUGGAGUCACAUAAACUGUUUGGAAGCAUUCAACGGUUGUUGGGGGAGACUAAUAUGACUCCUGCUGAUGUUGCUGAGAACUUGAUGCCGAAAUCUGUUUUUGAAGACGCUGAUUCUUGUUUGAAGAACUUGAUUGAAGCACUCGAGGCUGCGAAGGAGGAGGCAAGAAUGAAGGCAGAGGAAGAAGCAAAAUUGAAAGCAGAGAAGGAAGCAAAGGAGAAACAUGAGACUGCUAAUGAGCAAGUCAAAUGUAAUGGAACAUCAGCUGAAGGAAGAUUAUGUGAAGAAGUUAAAGAAAAUGGUGUCUGAAAAGGUCAGGUAGAUGCAUAUUCCUCGUGCAUAAGUAAAUUAAUAAAUUUGUAAACUCUCCUGUGUUUUUCACAGUCUAGGAAGUUUUUAAAUCUCAACAUAAAGGUCAUGUGGAUGGCUUCAUUCGAUCAA